GACGCGCCCUCCUUGUGUUCUGACCACCAUCACGCUGACUUAGAUAAACUUUGAAACAUUCUGCCCCGUGUUGUCUUUAUCACAAUUGGUCUCUCAAUGCUCAUGUGGACAUCGCACAGAUCAUCGGAUAGAAGAUUCCCAGAUCGCAUAUGCUUUCAGUCCGUUCUCAGGCUGUAACGCCGUUCUGAAUACGAACGGAUCCGAGAUGCAGUUCGCUCUUUAGCAAAGUAGCCGUAUGAGUAUUUUGAAGUUCUAAAGCGCUUGUAAAGCAAUAUGACUUGACUUCGGUGAGUUGUGUUCUGUACGGAGCAAGCAGAGCUUGACUGACACGAAAUGAGAUGGUUCGCAGACUAUAAUCUUGAUGGUUCCUUCAUGUACAGACGAACAAACCCGCUUUUCGUCUGGUGUUUUGUCCUUGGUGUACAUCGCCAAUCUUCUUUCAUCCGCAGACGUGUACUUUCUCAAGCAAUACAGAUAUCAACAGGUACCUAGGCCAGCUGGUCACUCCCUCACCGUUCUCGUCAGGGUGAUCAAACAGAACGGGCUCCAUCCACCUGGAGUGUGCUUCAAAUAGCGCUAAGCGCCCAAUUUUAAAUUGAUUGUGUCAGUGACACAGCCAAAGGCACCAAUUACCUUGCCCAAUUUGUGCACAACCUAACUCACCCAAUCCGAUCUCGCCGCUAACCUUCAGGUCAGGGGGUACUGAUCUUUGGCGAACGCCACCCAGCUGAAGCUGCUAGCCCAUCAAGCGCGCCUACUGGGAGGUUUAUCAGUCUGACCUCAACCGUUCCGUAAAAUGUUUCUUCUUCCUUCGCGCCGCCCUCUUCUCCCUUCUCCUUCUUCUUCAUCGCGCCCGCGAAUAUGGGCAAAUUCCACUUUCUCUCUUUUGCUUUGUGUGUGCUUCUGUUGGGGGAGGGUGUGUCGGCCGUUGCGUGGCCUUGGAGGGUGAUGGGGAAACGGGAUGAUGCACCGUUCGUUCCGGUCAGGAAGGACAUUCCUCUCCAAUUCGAUUCGCAGGGGAAAUAUGUAAUCACUGUUGCAAUGUCCCAGAAUACCCAACGCUUUAAUUUUACGAUGACGACGGGUUCAGGUUUGACAUACGUUGCGGGAACGCAAUGCGUUUCAUGCCAUGGUGUUAAUCUUUAUGAUCAGAGCAAGUCGACUACUGCCCAGCAGAUGCUGAAUACGACGAAUGUUGCGAUCUUCAACGCCACCACCUCGGCAUCGCUAGUAAAAGAGGAUUGUGCUCUGACGAUGAAAAACGGUUCUCUAUGGUCAUAUCCUAAUCAGACGAUCGUUGUUACAGACAGGGUGACCUCUAAAUACCAGGACAACCCCGGCUCUCUAAUAGGGAGUGGAGUCUCCGGUAUGGUUGGUCUUGGUUCGAAUCGAAACCUCGCACCUCGAUCCUCUUCCAACAACUCUUCAGUCUACGGCGGUAACUUCGAAGAUGCCAUCGGCGGGCAAUGGCUUCUCGCCAACCCACAAGCAGACAAUUUCACAUUCGGCUUGGCGCUCAAUAGUCCCAUCGUUCAAGCUGCGCUUCAAGGCGAUGACAGCCAGAAUAACGCAGCGGCGGGCGGCAGUCCCGCAAACAACGAUUCACCGGCUGGCACUGUACACAUGCUGCAGCCCGAUCACUCGUUCUACUCAGCUGAUACUUUGUCCUGGGCGACUGUGGAUAACUCUCUGAACCCUGAGGAUGAUCCUCAAGAUUGGACGGUCCCAUUAAAUGGGUGGAUAUUGAUCUCCGAUGGAAAUCAGGUCAACUCCAGAAAGACGCUAGUUGCGAAUGUGGAUCCCCUCUAUCAAGGGAUGUAUUUCCCAUUGGACUCAGCCACCUUGAUUCAUUCUGCCAUCCCAGGGUCUGUCCUUCUUCCGACCAUCUCAACCCUCGGAUCGCUCUCUCAAACAUGGAAGAUCCCUUGCGAUUCGAAGAUUACUUUCGGUAUCAUUGUAGGCUCUCAAACCUAUACAUUGGACUCUAGUACCCUUGUCAUCAAGCAAAGCGAUGGAACGUGUAUCAGUGGAAUCGAAGCUUGGACUUCCUCCAAUCUGAACUCUUACCUCUUGGGCGCAAGGUUCAUCAGCGCGGUGUACCUUAUCUUCAACGUUCCCCGCGAUGGUCCGGCUACCCUAGGGUUCGCCUCUCGUGAAGUACAAGCUUCCCAUAAGACCAACGUCGGCGCCAUCGUCGGAGGUACGAUCGGCGGAGUGGCACUAGUCAUCUUCUCUGGUAUUGCCAUCUGGUGGCUCUUCAUCCAUCACCGUCGCACGCGUGUCUACGCCUAUGAUGUUUCCGAAGAAGACAAGAACAGCCAUAACGUCCAACCUUACCCUCUCUUCCCACCGCAAUCCGAAGUUUCCAGUAGCCCCACACAGGGCAGUUUCUACCAGACUGCGACUUAUCGUACAUCGACUGUCCCCGGCUCUGAGCCUUCACCGUCACAGAUCCUGUUUGCACCUAGCCAGGUCUCGACACCUUCUCAGACGCCUAAUAUGCCUCUGUUGUUUGCUCAGAAUGCUGGAUCUGAGGAUGUACCUCCUGCGUAUGAGUCUGGGGAACAGAGUGAACACCCGACGGAUGUGAAGAAUCGGAAUCUGUAUCAGACGGUGUCCAGUUCUGGGGAGGGAUCUUCGAACAGUGGAGGGCCGCAGUAAAGUUGUGAUGGCUGCUGUUAAUUGCGAUUUUUCACUUUGAUUAUGUUCUCCGCGUUAUCAGUUCUGUUUGUACUGAACAUAUCUCGUCAUAGUGGAUCCGUCCUGCUUUCUGGUUCCCUGUCUCAUGGGCGGUGUCGUAUAUCCUAAAAAACAUCUGUCCUUUUGUGAAGGAUGUACUCUAAUUUUUUGUUACUCUAAAUGCAAAUUUCUGUCGUCUAUUCAUAUGCUUUCACUGGUGUGCACAACUGACGACGAUCGAUGUCGACUUACGAUCGGCCAUAGAAUGACGUCA